GACCCAUCGACUGGUUCUACGGCGUUCGCUAGCUUCCCCGGAGCCCCGCUCAGAUCAGAGCUUCCGAUCCGCCAAACAGCCGAGAAGAGAAAAGAAAACAAGAAGAAGAAAAAAAAUCCCCGGCACGAUACAAACCACCGUUCGCUUAGCAAACUCGACUUGUUCAGCUACAACAUCAACACAACACCACACGACGCGCGUAAGAAAGAACAACGCACGCUCUCGCCCACGAUGGUUUACGUGCGCCAGGACCGCCUCCCGGCGCUCAAGGAAUACAAGUACUCUGGCGUCGACCAUUCUCUUACGUCAAAGUACAUCCUCAAGCCCUUCUACACCAAUGUCGUCAUCAAGAUCUUCCCCAUGAGCAUGGCGCCGAACCUCAUCACCCUGACCGGCUUCAUGUUCGUCAUCGCGAACAUCUUGACGCUGCUUUGGUACAAUCCGACGCUCGACCAGGACUGCCCCAGCUGGGUCUACUACUCGUGGGCGAUCGGCCUGUUCCUGUACCAGACUUUUGACGCCGUUGACGGGUCGCAGGCCCGACGAACCCAUCAGUCCGGACCUCUUGGCGAGCUCUUCGACCACGGCGUCGAUGCGCUAAACACCUCGCUCGAAGCCCUCAUCUUUGCCGCUUCGCAGAAUAUGGGACAGGGCUGGAUGACCGUCGCCAUUCUUUUUUCUUCCCUCCUCACCUUUUACGUCCAGACGUGGGACGAGUACCACACCAAGACGCUCACCCUGGGCAUUGUCAACGGGCCCGUGGAGGGCGUUCUCAUCCUCGUCGGCGUCUACGCCCUGACGGGCUACCUGGGCGGCGCUUCCUUCUGGCAGCAGUCGCUCCUCCGCACCUUGGGCGUCUCCGAGAAGCUGGGCAUCCCCGAAGCCGUGUACGAGCUCUCCUUCACGCAAUGGUACAUGGCCCAGGGCGCGCUCGUGCUCGUCCUCAACACCGUCGAGUCUGCGCGCAACGUCAUCAAGGCUCGCCACGCGCGCGGCGACCGUUCCCGCGGCGCGCUGCUUGGCCUGCUGCCCUUCUUCGGCAUGUGGACGCUCAUCGCGUCGUACCUGUUGCUACACCCCACCAUCUUGUACUCGCAUCUCGUGCCGUUCGUCUUCUUCGCCGGCGUCGUGAACGCAUACUCUGUCGGGCAGAUGAUCACGGCACACCUGGUGAAGCUCGACUUCCCGUACUGGAACGUCCUGGGCCUGCCGCUUGCGUUUGGGGUCGCUGAUGCGCUGGGACCCAAGCUGAAGGAGUACUUUGGAUUUGGCUGGCCCAGCGCGCUGGGCGACGACGUCUACCAGGUCGCUUUCAUGUUCCUGAUGCUCGGCAUGGCCAUUGGCGUUUACGGCAGCUUUGUCGUGGAUGUCAUUGUCACCAUCUGUGAUUAUCUUGACAUCUGGUGUUUGACGAUCAAGCACCCGUGGGUUGAGGGUCGGGACAGCGAGGGCAGUGCCCAGGUCGAUGGCAAGAAGUCACAGUGAAGGCGGAAGGGGGACCAACCUUGCUGCCGCCGGGCUAAGCUAAGCUAAGCUAUGUUGUUGUCAACCGGGGUGCUUGUAGUAGCUGGACCCACGACAGCGGCAGAGACGAGGAGGUCAAAUCUCCGGCAUUUACGGAGAGCUGAUUUCGUCCUGUGAUUGUGACCAGCUGCUGAAACGAGGAGAGGGAAUGUCUCCGGCCAAGGCCGGACGUUGCCAAGCAGAGUUUCGCCUCAGCGCGUCGCCCGGCAUGUCA